CAAGUCAAACUUGCUUGUGUUUUCUAGCUUAAAGCACUCUUCCAUAUUUUGCUGCAAUGAAGCCUGACUUAAAACAGAUGAAUUCACUCUUGGUGUUUGCCUCUGCCUCCCAUUCUUCUGCAACAGUAGAGUCCAGCAUUGACUAAAGGCAGGGAUGAAGAACUUGUUCCUUCUGCUCAUGCUAGCAAUGAUGCCACCUUCUGCAUUUUCAGCCCGCCGGAUGAAACGGCAGAUUGAUGUCUGGGGGAGCUGGGGUGAAUGGGGCAAGUGCAGUCGGAGCUGUGGCGGUGGAGUCAGCUUUCGGCAACGGCGCUGCUAUUCCCAAAGAACAGAAGGUGCUUCCAGUUGUGUUGGACCAACACGAAGCUAUCGGUCAUGUAACAUUCAGAGCUGCCCGGAAGGCUCCCGGGAUUUCCGGGCAGAGCAAUGUGCAGAGUUCGAUGGGACAGAAUUCCAAGGAAAGAAAUACAAGUGGCUUCCGUAUUAUGGAGCACCUAAUAAGUGUGAGUUAAACUGUAUUCCCAAGGGAGAAAACUUUUACUACAGGCAUAAGGAAGCUGUGGUAGAUGGGACUACCUGUGAACCUGGCAAGCAGGACGUCUGUGUAGAGGGAGUUUGUCAGGCUGUUGGGUGUGAUAACAUGCUGGAAUCUGCCAAGAAGGAGGACAAGUGCCUGCAGUGUGGAGGAGAUGGCAGCAGCUGCUAUGGUGUGAAGGGCACUUUUGAUGUGCCCAGCCUCCCCAAAGGUUACAAUCAAAUCUUCAUCAUCCCUGUGGGAGCCACAAGCAUCCAAAUUAAGGAGGUUAUGCCUAGCAGGAACUUCCUGGCUGUCAAGAACGUGCAAGGGGAGUAUUAUCUGAAUGGGCAUUGGACAAUCGACUUCAGCCGAGCGCUACAGGUGGCUAGCACGGUUAUGCACUACGACCGUGGCUCGGAGGGUGAUCUGGCCCCAGAGCUCCUCCAUGCCCGGGGUCCCACCACAGAACCCCUCGUCAUUGAGCUCAUCAGCCAGGAGCCAAACCCAGGGGUACAGUAUGAGUACUACCUGCCCGUGCGAGGACAGGCCUUGGGUUACAGCUGGAGCUACGGUUCCUGGAGUGAGUGCAGCUCCGAAUGUGGAGGAGGUUUCCAAUCCCGUUCGGUAUUUUGUACCAUAGACAAUGAAAUUUAUCCGGACUAUAUGUGCAGGAAUAAACCACAACCAGACAAUAACCGGACAUGUGGCCAUCAGACUUGUCCCCAGACAAAACGGACUUCUUACAUCUAUGUGCCAGAAGCCUGGAGUCACAGUGGAGCAAGGAGCUCUCGGAUGAAGAGGUGGAAAACGGGGGAGUGGGGAUCCUGCUCAGCUACCUGUGGUGGGGGCACGCAGACUCGCUCCGUUUACUGUGUGGCAUUCGACGGUCAGAGCUCCCAAGGGGUGGUGGAUAACGCUGAGUGCAUGGCCUUCACGCAGCAGCCUCGCAGCAGUCAGCCCUGCAACAUGAGACAGUGUGCGACCUGGAGCACAGGGCCAUGGUCAGAGUGCUCAGCCAGCUGUGGGGAAGGGGUCCAGACCCGGACUGUCACCUGCAGAACGCAGCAGGGCUCUCAGGCUCAGGACUUUGCUUGCCUAAUGGAGCCAAAGCCAUUAGCCACCCAGCCCUGCCUUAAGGAGAACUGCAUCCAGGAAAUUGGCUGGCACGUUGGAGACUGGGGCCUGUGUUCGAAGAGCUGCAAUUCAGGCAUCCGGACACGCCAAGUCAUCUGCGCUGACGGCGACUCCAAAUUCUACAGUCCUGAGACAUGCAAAGCCAUCCAGCCACAGAAACCAGCCACCGUUGGUAGCUGCAACGUGCAGCCCUGCUACCUGCCACAGCAGGUCCCCAGUAUGCAGGACACUAUGGGAUACGACGUCACUCGCCAGUCCUUGCUGAUGCGUUACAACCCAAACAGCCCUGCCACAGAUUCUGGUGAUGAAAGGAUGCUCUCUGGGAGCUCCAUGAUCCAUAGUACGUCUGGGAAUCACCACAUCCCAUCCACCAAGGACCGUGGCAUCAACUUGUUGCCUGUUCGCUGGGAAUCCCAGUCACGCUCAUCGAGUUCCCAUCAGCUCAGCUCCUCUCAGGACCCCACUGCAGGGACUGGCUCUCAGGACUGUCAUCGGAGCCCCUAUGGCUGCUGUCCGGAUGGGCACACUCUGGCUUCAGGCCCCUUGGGGAGAGGUUGCCUCUUCAGCACCUGCCACCAAAACAGGUAUGGAUGCUGUCCUGAUGGAGUAUCGGUUGCCCAGGGGCCAAACAACAUGGGAUGCCCACAAUAUUACCGUGAUGUUCAAGUGAGCAGAAAUCAGCCCACUGCGGCCGCUCCAACAGCAAGCCAAGCCUUGUCCCAGCAGCACCCCUCGGGCGAGUGCCGCAGUUCCGUAUACGGCUGUUGUUUUGACAAUGUCGCUUCAGCUUCAGGUCCUCAAGGGGAAGGAUGUCUCAAUAGGCCCAACUACCCAUAUCCUGUCAUAUGCCUGCUGCCCAGUGCCCACGGCCCCUGCAUGAACUGGACCACUCGCUGGUACUUUGUGACUGUCGUUGGCAAGUGCAACCGACCCAUCCUGGAGGAAGCCAAGCCCUCUCUUGUGACAGCAGUCGUGGGACAAAACAUCCAGCUGGUCUGCAAGACGGGCACGUCCCCCUCCUCCAGAGUGGAGUGGAUGAAGGAUGGCCAACCAGUCUCCUCUAACAG